AUGUCCUCCAAUUCCACCACCAAAGUCAAGGCUCAAGGAGGCAUCCUCGAAGGCAGCAAUCCCGCCCAUUAUGACUCGUCUAAUCCCAUCGUUAUUUUCAUCAUCCAGGCCGGCAUAAUCAUCAUCUUCUGCCGCCUGCUACACUGGCCACUUUCCAAGAUCCGCCAGCCGCGCGUGAUCGCAGAAGUCAUUGCUGGCGUCAUACUAGGCCCCUCGGUAAUGGGCCGUAUUCCCGGCUUCACCGAUGCCAUAUUUCCAACCGCCUCUAUUCCCAAUCUGAAUUUGGUCGCGAAUCUGGGGCUGGUGCUUUUUCUGUUCCUCGUGGGGCUGGAAACCAACCUGCGUUUCCUGGUCAGUAACUGGCGCGUCGCCGUUAGCGUGUCGGCUGCUGGCAUGAUUUUGCCCUUUGGUUUGGGCUGCGCCAUUGCAUAUGGACUGUAUAACACCUUCCAGGAUGAACCGGACACGGUGGAUAUUAACUUUGGCACCUUUUUGCUCUUUAUCGGUAUUGCUAUGGCUAUCACUGCGUUCCCCGUUCUGUGCCGUAUCUUAACGGAGCUCAAAUUACUGGGAACUAAUGUCGGUGUAAUCGUGCUCUCAGCCGGCGUUGGAAACGAUGUCGUCGGUUGGAUUCUACUCGCUCUGUGCGUCGCCCUCGUCAACGCCGGCACUGGCCUCACUGCACUCUGGGUCUUGCUCGUCUGUGUUGGGUACAUCCUGUUCCUCACCUUCAUCUUCCGACCACUUUUCCUGCGCUUCCUCCGCCACACGGGCAGCCUGCAGAAAGGACCCAGUCAGUCUGUAGUCGCCAUCACGCUACUCAUCGCACUGGCCUCGGCCUUCUUCACCCAGAUCAUCGGCAUCCACGCCAUUUUCGGCGGCUUCAUCAUCGGCUUACUAUGUCCGCACGAGGGCGGCUUCGCCAUCAAACUAACCGAGAAGAUCGAAGAUCUUGUCGCUGCGCUCUUUCUUCCGCUCUACUUCACCCUCUCCGGCCUCCAAACCAACCUGGGUCUGCUUGACAACGGCACCGUCUGGGGCUACGUGGUCGGCAUCAUUGCCAUCGCCUUCACGGCCAAAGUAGCUGGCGGUGCUCUCGCCUCGCGACUUUGCGGCCUUCUCUGGCGCGAGAGUUUUUCCAUCGGUGUGCUAAUGAGCUGCAAGGGUCUCGUCGAGCUGAUCGUCUUGAACAUCGGCCUCCAAGCCCGCAUCCUCAGCACUCGCACCUUCACUAUGUUCGUCGUCAUGGCCCUAGUAACCACCUUCGCCACCACUCCCCUCACCGUUGCCCUCUACCCCAAAUGGUACCAAGUCAAAGUCGAGCGCUGGCGCCGCGGCGAAAUUGACUGGAAGACCGGCAACCCCAUCCCCUCCGACGCCCGCACCGACAGCAUCGCAUUGGCCAAAGAACAGCACCGCGCUCUUCCCGUCCGCAAACUUCUCGUCUACCUGCGCCUCGACGGCCUCUCCAGCAUCUGCACUCUUGCUGCCCUCCUUUCCCCAAACCGUCCCCCUCUCCCAAAGCAACACCCGGACACCCUCGCCUCCCCUGACCCGGCUGCCGAAGAAACAGCCACAGCAACCACCAAGACAGAAGAAGACGAAGACCAAGAAGACCAAGACCCCAAACCCACCCUUCAAGUCCACGGUGUCCGCCUCCUCGAACUCACAGACCGCGACUCCAGCGUCAUGACCGUCUCCGAACUCGACCAACUCCACUACCCCGUCUGGGAUCCCGUCGUGAACACCUUCCGCGCCUUCGGCCAAUGGCACGAUCUUUCCAUCGUAGCCGGCGUCUCCGUCGUACCCGAACACUCCUACGCCGAUACAGUAGUCAGCAUGGCUCGCGACGACUCGACUGAUCUGCUCCUCCUUCCCUGGAGUGAAACCGGUUCCAUGUCUGAACACCACCCCUUGGAUUUGAAUUCCGUUCUGGAUGAUCCCAAUGCCACCCGCUUCGUGGCGUCCGCGCCGUAUACGGCUUUCGCGGAGAGUGUGUUGCGCAAUGUGCGGUGUAAUGUGGGGUUGUUGGUUGAGAGAACGCCAACGAGGAGAAAUAAUGGGCGGGGGCUGCGCGGUAAGCCCUCGCUUGGGGGGUUGAGUAUACAUAGUGGGAAUUUGAAUAUGGGUAUUGGCAGUAGUGGGGAUAGGGGUGUUGCGGUGGUGCCGACGACGAGGAAAGCGCAUCAUAUUCUGUUGCCGUAUUUCGGGGGGAUGAUCGCUUCGCGAUUAGGUUGGUACUGCAGUUGA